AUGGUUCGCUUCUCCGUCCUUCCAGCUGCGGCUGUCACUCUAUUCCUUUUUGGAGUUGAGGCUAGCCCCUGCAAGCCUUUGACUACUGGAGUCACAAGCAUUGCCGAGAGCUCCUCAACUGUUGUACCCGAUUCGACCGAAACAUCCCUCGACUCCACAGCGAUUACUACUAUCGUCGAUGCUACCACUACCGUCCAGGAAGAAUCGACAGAAACUGCAACCGAGACAAGCUUUGCUGAAAGCGUAUCAACGGUUGCUUCUGAUACGACAAUCACUUCAGUGGUAGUGACUACGACCACUGCCGUUGCGGAUUCUACCACUGCGGCCCAAGAGGAGCCUACGACGACUGGAGCCCCGGCUUGUGUUGAAACCCAGCUGUUCAUCAACCCCAACUUCGACAACAGCAAUGACAACAUUACACCCUGGACAAGCAAUGGCGGGAUAACCCAUACUGCACCUCAAAGUGGCACCAAUGCUGUGUCCUUUACCUGGAGAGACAAUGGCGUUGGUACUGGCAGCGUUCAGCAAAGUCUGAGCAAUCUCUACGGCACCUACAAGUUUUCUUACUAUUACCGUUUCAUUUCUGCCAGUCCCGGUGCUGACUACACAUGUGAUAUGGAACUCAAGGUGGGAGGCACUUCCCUCCGUGGUGAUUUCGAUUAUUGGCAGGGUGAUUGGAGGUCAGGCAGCGUGAUCUUCUCUGAUGUCAAUGUCGCGCAGGCAGAUGUGCAGCUUAUCGCAUCCUGCGGUGGAGAGUUUCGAGAAAUCCAAGUUGCCGUCGACACUCUUGAAUUCAAGCGCAUUUGCAGCCUAUAG